AGCAACAUAGUAUCAAGCUACGGAUGGAAACACAUUUGUGUCAUGUGAGUGGACAUGACAGAAACAGCUUUCCUUAAAUUAUUUGUGGCAAUAGUGAUCACCUUCAUUUUAGUCCUGCCAGAAUUUUUCAAGACACCAAAAGAGAGAACACUCGAGCUCUCCUGUCUGGAAGUGUGCUUCCUACCUAAUUCCACCUACCCACUUUCCUCCUUCAAUUUUUCUUCUGUGGCUUUUCUGCAACCAGCAGAGGAAACACAGACUAUUAUGGGAAUCCUUCCAAAUCACUCCAGUUUCCAAAGCUUCGCUGAGAUUUGCCAAGGCAUCACAAGUGGAUUGCCAAUGUGCUCCUUGUGUUUGGUUUGUGAAUCCAAAGGAGACGUGGAUUUCACUUCUCAGGAACAAACAUCAAAAGGUCUUGUUAUGAGGGGAUCAAAGGAAGUGAAGGCAAGUGACUUUUACUCACCCUGUGAGUAUUUUAAUGUCACCGUCGCUCUUCUAGCUGAUCCUGUGAAGGAAGAUACUACCUGUACUCCUGAAGGCCAUCCUGGAGAAGCCAUAGCUUUGGAUGAAGAUCCUGUCAGGGAAAAGUCUCUCAACCACACUUGUAGAUUUAUGAAAAAUACAGACAAUUGCACUCACAUUUUCUUGCACCUAGAAAUGGAUGUAAAGUCUGUCACUUGCUCCAUGAAGAUCACUUGGUACGUUUUAGUGCUAUUCGUUUUCAUGCUAGGUAUCAUCUUUAUUAUCUACAAAAUACUUGAAGAGCACAGGAGGGUGUGGAGACGGCAGAGUCAUAACUACAAGUCUUCAUCUGUUCUCUUCAGAGGGCAUGACUCUGGGAAACUGAGCACUUUGAACGUGAGGGUCAUUCCAGAGUCCACUCAAAGGUUUCCCUUAGUGCGGGUCAAGGAAGUGCUUCCCUCAAUACCAGAGCUUGAAGUCACUUCUGCUGUGCACCAGCAAGAUCAGUACACAUGGUGAGUGAUGCUCAACCCUAUUGACUGUUGACUUGUGCAUCAGAAACCUGGAUGGAUUCAGGGAACUCUGGUUGACCCACAUCAGCACUUCUGUCUGAGUGGAGAACACAGACAUGAUAAACUUGAGAAGCCAGCCCACUGGAAUUGGGUGACAGAAGCUAAAGAGCCUAUUUUUUUCAAGUUUUAGGAAGGAUCAGCGGACUAAUCUCUCAGUCUAUCAGACUAAUCUCUCAGUCUGUUCAGCUGUCCCUGAAAUGUCAGCUCAUCCCUUGGCAUCCCUUGUAUUGGAGUCGAGCCACAAGUCAGAGCAGGAGAAAGGGGAGCAUGAGAUUUAUUCCGUUGAACUCAGCUGCCUGGUCACUGAAGUAAAACUUUAAAUUUAACAUUGGAAAGUCUAGACGAAUGUGCCUUGACUUGAUACAUUCUAACCUAAAUUGAUGCUCAGAAGUGUCUAAGAGGUGCUUCUCAUUCACUCAGCAAAGAUGUAGUGAGAGGCUAGCAUAACACAUAGCCAUGCACGGUUAUAAAGACGGUAACAGGAAGGGAGAGGGAAAGUAGCAUUUCUGGAGACCUCCCACUGUGCAUUAUCAUGGCCGGCUGUGUCACAAACUCAUAGUACUUGAGACAUUAUCAGUCCAGGUUUUAGCUGGAAACUGGUAUUUUACUCAAAUUGAGUAAGUCAAGGAGAGUUUGAUAAAGGGACUAUUAAGCCAAAACGUGGAAAUUCUGGAGGAGGAGAAUAUGUUUGUGUGGGAAGAACUGUCUGAUAAGAAGUUUGACCUCAAAGGCUUUCAUAGCCUUUGGUUGCCCCGAAGAGAAUAAAAAUCAAACCCCCUGGCCUUCCCUUUCUCAGCUGUGCCAGAGUUCUCCAUUGGCCAUGGCCAGUCAGGUAUGGACACACUAAGCCAAGCUGAGGUGGCUUGUAUAGCCUUCUGGCAGGGCAGUAAAUAGGUGGAAGGAAGCAGAGAGCAGAUCUGGAGAUGUAGUUGAAGAUCCUGUCCAAAUGGUCCUUAUGCAAAGUGGAAACCUAGUGCUAUAACCCCUUCAUGUUCCAGAGGAAAGCCGGGGGUGGGGCAUGGGGGUGGGGGCGCUGUUAGUGCUUUCAGGGUUGGCUGUUGGCUAGAAAUUUCUAGGUUUGAUUAAGGAGUGCACCAAGGAAAUUUUCCUGAGCUAUGUCUGAUACCUCCUGUGUUGGUUCUCAUGCAGGGACUGUUGAAGCUCACAGAUAAACAUGAUCCAAUUUGGCCAUUCACCCCAAACAUGGACUUUGUGUCAAGAACUCUACUGGCUGGCAAAAGUAACAAGGAAGUUAGCCGGGCAGUUAGGGAAACUGUAUGUAAAGUAGCGAAUGUAACAGGGUCUAGAAGCGCUUACCAUGGGGACACCAGUCAGAAGACAAGGUGUCUAGCGUUUGCUAGGUCCUCAAUAAACAUAGGAAGUGGAAGACUCAUCCCACUGCUGCCCCACUGUUACCGUGGGCUGUCAUAACAGAGAGACCUGUACCAACUCUUACACUUCCAUUGAAAAGAAGCCAAAGGUCCUGGGGUAGCAGAGGCAAGGGGAGCCUCUGGGUUUCUUCUGUCCCGUGGUUGCAAGGAUCUCAUCGCUCCAAUGCGUCCUGGUAGGGAUAGAGAAGGGCAUCAUUGUAUGACAUAGUUGUGGAUAGAGGACCUAGUCAACUGACAGAAGAGUAUUAUAAGAAUCAGCAUUUGAAGUGAAUGAUUUGAAAUUAUUCUCCACCAAUUCUAAUUUAGACAAAACUUUAAAAACUAUUUAGGUAAAUAAUAUUUGUUUUCAUUAAAAAAAAAACCUUUCAGGCUAUCCUUGGACAAUCUGGACUAGAGACUUUGACGAAUAAUGAGAAUUUUGUUUUGGAUUGAGUGGACUGGUAAAUGCUUGGGUCCAGCGAAGGAAGCACUGAUAGGUGAAUGGCGGGGCUCAGACCCUGAAGAGAAUGAACAGGAGAGCGUCUAUCUGACCCACAAGAUCAAGGGAACGAGAGUGUGAGCUAUGGAAGACAUGAGAGAGCAUGGGAGUGCUCCCCUUCACCACCCGUCGCCAUCCCACGCAGCAUGGACCUCAGGUCUCCAUUCUGAGGAGCCAAUGACCAUGGAUGCAGAACCUCUCAUUGGAUCACGUUGCAGGUGCAGGAUAGUUUUUCCUACACAAAUGAUGUUUCUGUUUGGCAGGUUACUUAAGUGGGCCUGUGUAUUUAUUCAUACAUUUAUAAAUCUUGCCUCUUUUGGCAUAAGACUUUAAAAAAACUUUCAAGGAUAUUGAAAUAAAAAGGAUUUAAAUGAAAUGCCUUGAGUAUUUAAAUUCAAUAGCAAAUGUCUCCUCCGAGGCCUUUGGCUCCCAUAUUUGUUUAGGCCAUCAUGGAUAUCAGGACAAAGCCUGGGGAUCAGUUUCAAUAAGAAAAACACAUAGACGCGUGACCAGCUCUUCAUAUUGAAAAAUAAAAACAUAUUUUCCAGAA